AUGUUUGACUCUCUAACGUGUGACAGUGGCUUUGGAUUUGGGCUUGCCAAACGCCUGGACUCGCUGGGGUUCACGGUGUUUGCCGGCUGUCUGCUGGCAGACAGUGGUGGGGAGGGGUCGAAGAAAAUCCGGGCGGAGUGCUCGAGCAGGCUGAAUACUAUUAUAUAUAUUCAGAUAGACGUGACUGAUGAUGGACAGGUGAAGGCCGCUGUCAGACAGGUCGAAAACAGUCUACCUACAGAGUCUGAAGGUCUUUAUGCACUGGUAAACAAUGCUGUUGUCUGGCAGCCGGGAGAAAUAGAGUGGGUCAGCAUCGCCGCCUACCGACAUGUGAUGGAAGUGAACACCUUCGGUACCGUGCGGGUCACCAAGGCGUUUCUGCCUCUUAUUACCUCCAUGUAA